CUGUUGUCUGAGGCUGGUUCAGAGCAGGGCUGGGGUUACCCUGACAUUUCUGGGACUGUGGCCAGCCAAGAAGUUUUUUUUUAGUCUUUUACAAUUUGCUUUUGUCAAAGUGUGGAGGAAGGGGGAAAGGAAGCGUCUUUUUUUUUUCCAGCAUCACAUUCCUGUGUUUUCCUUCAGCCUGGAAAAUAUAUUAAUGCUGGUGCUUUCCUCUGGAAACAAAGGAGCUAAACGGGACUGAGGAAGCAAGGAGUGGGAAGGAGGCUUGGGAAAUUUAAAAGCGAGAGACCUGGAGCAGCUGCGAGUUCCCUUUUCUUAAAUGAAAUCCCUGCCUAUGUGGGUAACCCGUACAGCAAAGCGCCAGACCUGCAGGUAAAUGGAGAAGCAGAGAUCCCAAAGGAAAUUUCCGCUAACCUCAUCCCACUUGUCAAGAAGGUGAAGAAGAAAGAAAAUUAAAAGCUACACUGGGAGACACACAAGGUCUGGGACCUGUUGGGCUUUGUAGAGAUAAAUCAUUGGGCAGCAGCAAAGCUGUAUGGCAUCGGUCUCCUUUUAAAGGAAAAAGACGUGAAACCUCAUCUCUGGAAGGGGAACUUCCCUGAGAGUAUUGCACAAUGAACUGGAGGCCAGCUCUCAGCUUAGCCCUGCUGUGGGCAGCGUGGCUAGUGUGUAGCUCUGAGAAGAUGGGGAGACUAACAGAGACAGGAAGCCAUGGGGUUAGGAAAGUGUCCCUGGCUCACAGGGCUCCAAGCAACCUCCACAGAAGGUCUGGAGCAUCCCUGAGGAUUUCGAGUCCAAACCUCCAACACCCCGUCACCAAGAGGGAUUCUUCAGCUGCUCCAAAGGCACCUGCCAACCUCCUGCAAGGGGAAGUGCGUUCCCAGGCCAGGGGAGUGGGGACCAGAAUGCGCCGGGUACAGAGACUCACAGCUGCAGCCAAAUACUCCAAGUCUGAGAUGAUUAAGGAUGAAGGGAUAUCCUCUGCCUCACAGUCACGAGUGGUACGUUUCCCUUCAGGGUCAAGUUCCCCCAAUGUCCUGGCCAGCUUUGCUGGGAAAAAUCGGGUGUGGGUCAUUUCUGCCCCCCAUGCCUCUGAGGGCUACUACCGGCUCAUGAUGAGCCUGCUGAAAAAUGAUGUCUACUGCGAACUGGCUGAGAGGCAUAUCCAGCAGAUUGUGUUGUUCCACGAAGAAGGGGAAGAAGGGGGAAAGGUCAGAAGGAUAACCAAUGAAGGCAAAAUCCUGGAGCAGCCACUAGAUCCUGCCCUCAUCCCUAAGCUCAUGAGCUUUCUGAAACUGGAGAAGGGGAAAUUUGGCAUGGUGCUGCUGAAGAAAACUCUGCAGGUGGAGGAAAGGUACCCUUACCCAGUCAGGCUAGAGGCCAUGUAUGAAGUCAUUGAUCAGAGCCCCAUCAGAAAAAUUGAGAAGAUGAGGCAGAAGGGCUUCAUCCAGACUUGCAAAGCAGCAGGGGUGGAGGGACAAGUGGUUGAGGAAGGCAAUAAUGGGGGCAGCACCCAGCCUACCCCUGGUGGUGGACAUAUCCAGGUGUCAGCAAGGAAGGAUGAGCCAAGGAAGAGCAAUAAUCAGCCAGCAAGAACCAAAACAGUGAGGAAACCAAUGACAACCACAGUGGCCAUGCCUCUGCCUACAAUAAGGACCACUACCUUCCCUCCCACCACCACAACUACCCGCACCACUACCCACGCAGUGGCAACAGUAAGCCGGUCUACAACAACAACUACACCCCUCCCCACCACGCAGAGGACCUGGACCACAAAGUCACAUUCCACCACGGAGUACCACAGGUUGCCAGUAGCCCCCGACACCACCACGCCACGAGUUACAGCCUCUGAGGAUUUCUACUCUCCCGUGUGGAAGGCAAACCGCAGGGACCGGCAGCGCAGUCACUUGGAGAAACACUCGGCAGCCACACGGAAAGCAAGCAAAGCCACCCGCUAUGACAGUUUCACAGAAGUCCCAACAGCUCCUUCAGUGCACUAUACAAAGGCAAAUGUGGGUAGAUUUAAAGAUAACCGAACAGACAGAAAGGACUAUAACCAUAGGGACCUGAAUGUCACACCAGGGCAACACAAACCAAUUAAGACUAAAUCACCAAAAAAGAAAGCCCAAGAAAAGAUACUGAGCAAUGAAUAUGAAGAUAAAUAUGAUACGAGCAAACCUGCUAGUUCACAUUUAGAGGAAGAGUUUGCAGCAGGAAAUAUUCCCCAAAAGAAAGGGAAAGAAUCAAAGAAGCAUGAGCGAAUGGAUAAACCUGAGAAGAAGAAGAAGAAGGACAGACCUGACAAGCUGCAGAAGGGUGACAAGCAGUCCAAAAAGGACAAAGCUGAGAAAAAGAGCAAGCAGGACAAAGACCGUAGCAAGAAGAACAAGAAGGGGAGCAGGACUGACAAUGAGGAUUACCCCAAGCCCAACAAAAAGCCUUUCCUACAACCUCCCAGAAAAUCAGUGACUGACCUCCUGGAAUAUUUUGAAGGCAAAAGGCGGCUCAUUCUGAUCACAACCCCCAAGGCGGACAACACCAUGUAUGUACAGCAGCGAGAUGAAUAUCUGGAAAGCUUCUGCAAGAUGGCAACGAGGAAGAUCUCAGUCAUUACAAUUUUUGGCACCAUGAACAACAGCAGCAUGAAAAUCGACCACUUCCAGCUAG